AGGUGCACUGAUGAUUCAGAAAGAGGGCAAAAUAAAAAGAACCACCACCCCCCCAGCUGCAGUCCUUGGGAAGGAAAUCUGCAGGAAAGUAAACCAAGCAAACAGAAAAGAAUGAAAGUUCCUGAUAAACAUAAGCAUCGAUACCAUCUUCUGCCCUUCACAGUACUGCUUCUUCUGCUUACUUGUGCGCUAAGGCUAGGGAAUCCCACAGGGGUUUCUGAAGUCUUUUCCCAGCUGUCUGAGAAGGAGAUCUAUGACCCACAGUGCUUUGAUAUGGCAUCUCUGGCCCUCGUCAGGACUAAGAAGAUCAAGUUUGUGACCUCAGUGAGUGAGCUCUGGGACUUCAUGAUCUUUCUGAACAAAUUUGAGAACCCAAGAUACAGCGCCCUUUUCUGGGACCUAUCUGAGAUAUUUUAUCACCUCUAUGUUAAAUGUAUGCAAGCUAGAACUCAUGGGCUCGGUAGGAGAGCAAUCACCACCAAAAAGAACACAAACAGCUUCACAAAUAAAUCAUUGAAACGGAAUACCGUGAAUAAAAAAGAGAUACUGGACAAGAAACCAACCAAGAUAAGACAAGUCAAACAUGAAAACCUCACAGUUCUUAACAGAUCUAACAGCCAGCCUCACCAUCAAGCAUUGUAGAAAGACAACCACAGCUUUUUUAAAUCUCUUAAACAAUGUGAUCACAUAUUAUAUAUUUUUAUUGGUGAUGCUUUUCCAGGAAUUUCACAGGCAACCUUUCUGGAUGCAUAAACUGUGACAUUUCUUAGUGAAAUAUUAUAUUUUACAGGAUAACUACAGCCUCAGCCAAAUUAAAGGACUUGCUCGUUUUAUUAUUAAAAUCAUUUCCCACUGUUGUAAGAACAUUGUACUGUUUUGUAGGUUGCAUCAUACAAUCAUUUUUAAAUGUAAUACUGUAUUCUUCUGUAACAUUAAAAAGGAGGCUAGAAAAUAAUUUUCUUCUCUACAUUACAGGACAUUUGCAUUUUAAUGUGAUCUCACAGGACACGAUUGUCAAAAUCAGGAAUGCUGUGUGAAAAUAGACAAUAGGUAAUUCUAGUUUAAAAAUGCUUGGUAUGAGUAGUUGCUUUGGAUGAAAAAGAAACAAAAUUUCUACAUUAAACUUGUUUUCUGGACAUAGAACUUAAAAGAU